UAGACAAAAGUAGAGAGAGAGAAAAAGGAGAGAGAUGCAGGGAAAACCCUAAUUUAUCUGGUUUUGACCCUAUCUUAGAAGGAAGCAGUAAUGGCGGCAUCUACAGGCGACGUGUGGAGAUCGCGUGUCAGGCAAUGGCGGAUUCAUGUUACAAAUUGCGGAUCUUUAAGGCUUAGUAGAGAGGCCGCCUCUCCUCUUUAUGAGAUGGCCGAGCUAUUCUCCAUGAAAAUAACUCAGAUCUGAUCUCAAGCUGGAUUUGUAGAUAUUGGUGAAAUGGCAGAUGUGCCAAAGCUAUUGUAUAUAGUAGUUGAUGAUGGAAUUCAAGAGAGUGUGGGAGGGGAAAGGAAGGAUGCAAAGGCCAAUAAACCAUAUCGGUACACCCGAUCCGUGCUACAGAGUACUCUGCAGUCCAUGGGGUGCAAAGCACGCCAUGCUUUCAAGAUAAGCAAGAGGGUUUUUGAAAUUAUGAGAAGCGAGUUUUCUAGCAACAAUCUGUUUUCUGAUAAAGAGGACAUAUUAAGAGCAAGUGAUUCUGAAAGAUCUUCAUGUGAAGGAUUUAGCACAAGAAGUUCCACAGGGCCAGCAGAGGUUGAUGAGCCCUUGAUCCGUAAACAAGCUGAUAAGAUUAACAAUUUGCCAUUUGAGUUGUACAAAAGUCGCACCACUGUUGUUGUUAGUAGAGAGACAUUCUUAGAUGUUGUUUGUGAUGCUCUUUCUGAAUACAAAUAUGUUGGUCCAAAUCAAAGAGCUGAUUUGGUUCUGGCUUGCAGAGUACGGGAAAGGAAGGAAUCUGUGACCAUUCUGCUGUGUGGUACUAGUGGUUGUGGCAAAUCGACCUUAUCUGCAUUAUUGGGUAGCAGAUUGGGCAUAACAACUGUAAUAUCCACUGACUCAAUCCGGCACAUGAUGAGGAGCUUUGUUGAUGAAAAAGAAAACCCAUUACUUUGGGCUUCUACAUAUCAUGCUGGUGAAUGCUUGGAUCCAAUGGCAGUUGCCAAAGCCAAGGCAAAACGGAAAGCUAAGAAAAUGGCAGGUGUUUCUCCAUCAUUGUCCAAGGAAGAAAUAUCAGAUGGAUCUGCAAACAAGAAGUCUGAAUCCAAGUCCACUGAUACAGCUGGUGGUAUUGAGCCAAUAGGCCCAAAACAAAUGGCCAUUGAGGGUUUUAAAGCACAAAGUGAGAUGGUAAUUGAUAGUCUUGAUCGACUGAUUACAGCCUGGGAAGAGCGGAAUGAAUCUGUGGUUGUCGAGGGUGUUCAUCUGAGCUUAAAUUUUGUGAUGGGUCUCAUGAGGAAGCAUCCCUCUAUUAUCCCAUUCAUGAUAUACAUCACAAACGAAGAGAAACACAUGGAAAGAUUUGCUGUGCGUGCAAAGUACAUGACCCUUGACCCUGCAAAAAACAAAUACGUAAAGUACAUCAGAAAUAUACGAACAAUCCAAGAUUACCUUUGCAAUAGAGCUGACAAGCACCUUGUCCCUAAAAUUAACAACACCAAUGUCGACAAAAGUGUAGCCGCCAUUCAUGCUACAGUCUUCAGCUGUUUGCGAAGGCGAGAGGCAGGGGAACAACUUUAUGACCCAAUCACCAACACAGUUUCCUUAAUUCACGAGGAGUACAGGAACAAAUGUGCUGCUAAUUCUCUAAGCUCAAAGGGGAUGUUUCAGUUGAUUCAAAGAAAGGGAUCAAGUCGACAUUUGAUGGCACUUUUGAACACUGAUGGGUCAGUUGCUAAGGCUUGGCCUGUGGAAUCGGGAGAUGAGAAGGGGAAUGGAAGUGAGAAGGGGGUUGGGAACCCUAUGUAUGGGCCUUUGUUGAUAGGGAAGGCAGAGCCUGUGAAUUUGCAGUUUGGGAACUUUGGGAUCAGUGCAUGGCCUAAUGAUACGGGGGGUACGAGCCAUGUGGGAAGUGUUGAUGAGUCGAGGGGUGACGGCACGGAGACUGGGAGCAGGUAUUAUUCGUCGUGUUGCAGCUCUCCAAGGUUCUCCGAUGGACCUGCCAAAGAGCUCAAGGAGGAGAUAACAGUUUCUGGUAGUGAGGAAGAAGCUGAUGAAGCUGCAGAUGCUUAUACCGAUGAAGACUUGAGUGAUGUGGAUGACAAGGAAAUGCAUGAGGAGAUGGAGGGUUCAGUUGAUGAACAAUCAACAAAGUCGGAUGAGGAGUACGAUGAUCUCGCCAUUCACGAGGGGCAGGAAAACGAGUUUUGGUCAGAGAAAGCAGAUUCAAAUGGCAAUUGCAACCUCGAAAAUGAGACAAAGGAGGGCUCUAAUGGAGAUGAUGAAUUGGUGGAUAAAUACACACAAAAUUUGGAGUAUUUUUUGAGGACAAGCGAACCUUUGACAGAGCCCUCAUGUUGUUACUCUUCGUUGUUGAGCGAACAGAACACACGAAGCAUGCCCGCUGAGGUGAAAGUAUCUGAAAAUGGAUCACCCAUUAUUACUCCACGGAUACAUAGCAGAUCCUUGAGCAUACCGGCUUUUGGUAAAUACGGAUCAGUUCACAAUGGAUUGAUCCUGUCUGGAGCCCCUCAAAGGUAGCAUUUGGGUUCUCUCUUUCUCUGUGCUUUGUUGGGCUGUACGAGGAGGGGAGUAAAGUUAGGGUUUUGAGGAGUAGUUUGUGGUGAUGAUGAUGCUGAUGGUUAUGGUUGUGGUUGGAAUUUAUCUUUGUCUCUAAUGGAAAGAGAAAUGGGUUGGGUUUUCUU